AUGCCCCCCAAACGAGCUACUCGCCGGAAUGGCGGGACACCACGAAGGCCAACAUUCAUCAAUGAGUCUGGUUACGAACCAAUAGUUAACCCAGCCAACCAACCUGAUUUGCCCAGUAUUCCAAUUGGAGCUUCAUGGAAUUAUGGAGCAGCUACCACAGUGGCGAUGCCCAAGCGCAUCAAUGUACGCCCCACCAUGGAUAUAGAUCAAAUGAUCCGAACAACCGAAACCCAGAUGGAGAUCGCUCGAGAGCGAACGGCUGCUGCCAAGAAAAAGCAGCCCCAAGCACGUCAGGCGAAGCGGGAGCCGACGCCAGACCAAACGCAGCUUCAGCAGUCUUUAAAUAAGGCGACAGAAGAUCAUCACUCCGAUAAGACGCCUACGCCCCCCAUUCCACAUUCGGUUUCUACCGACUCCAGCCCAGAAACUCAGCCACCAGCACAACGCCUGCUGUCCAACUCCCCGUUAUAUCCAUCGCCCCUCCAGCGUCCUGGCUCCCGACAUGCCUCUAUCGCCAGCUCUGUUUCACGCCACAGCUCUGUCGACAACGCCUCUGAGGCUUCGUGGAAUCUCGAGCGAGAUAUCAACGAAGACGAUUUACAGCGGACGAGACCAAGCAAGUAUCGUGGUGAGACCCACGGCGAAAAUAUCUCGGCACCCCCGCGGCGCGUUUCUGGUCUGGCUAUUGUUCCCGAGGAGGAUGAAUCUAUCAAAUCCGAACCCGGGACAUGGAACCCCAUUGCGCAAACACCCCCUCCGGAAUUCCAUCCUGACCCACCAAGGGAAAGCUUGAUGCGCCGCUGGCUCUCAGCAAUGAAACCCAAACCGCGCGCUCCCAAACCCAAGCCCACACCCACCGAAGUCACACGUCCAAUCCCUCCCAAUGUACGCCGAAGAAGCAUGUUUACAAUAUUAGUGGAGUCAGCCGAUAAGGGACCCUACGCAAGCUUAAUUCGGGCAGCAUUAUGGUUAGUCUUGAUCGUGGGAUCUAUAUCAUUUUAUCUCGCUGCAAUGAAGAUUCACCAAGCCCUGUUCCCGUUGGAUUGGGACUUGGACUCAGCUUCAGCCCUGAACGGGUCCAAUCCAGAGAUCUUCCGGGGUCUUCGCAGCCAGAUCUCUAAAAUGGAUGUCAAAAUGUCCUCACUAUCAAGCGAGCUCAGCUCUGUCAUCUCAGAGCAAGCACUUGCCAGCACUUCCGACCCACACCCCACAGACGUCGCCAUUCACCGGAACCCCGUGCAUAAGGUGAACUUCUUGUCGGUGCCGAUGGGCGCGCUAGUCGACCCAACAAACACUUCUCCGACAUUAGGAUCCAAGAUUCGCUCCCCAGCACGCGCAUUCCUCUGGCUUGCAAAAGUACCUCAAGCCGUCGUUCGGGCACCACAACCUCCCGUCUCCGCUCUGAGCGCAUGGCAAGAGGUAGGUGACUGCUGGUGCAGUGCAUCCCGCGGGGGAUCCACCCAACUCUCCGUGGUUCUCGGGCGAGACAUCGUAGCUGAAGAACUGGUUGUCGAGCAUACCCCCUGGGGCUCAUCACUCGAACCAGAAGCAGCACCACGAACAAUCGAGCUGUGGGCUCGCUUCAAAGUAAGCCCACAUAAGACGCCCGUGGUAGCCAAGCACACGCCCGAGGCAAAGCCUGGUCGUGGCGGCUUUUUUGCCAUGUUCGGCGAGGCUACUGUUUCGCCCGAGCCGUCAACAGCUCGCGUUCCUUCUUCCCGUGAGACAGGUCUGGGUGGAUUCCUAAUACCCGGCAUCGGAUCAUUGCAUAAACUGAUCAUGGAUUUACUGCGUCGAAGCAAUCCCAACGAGCCUGAAUCUGCUUACUCGGAUGACCCGAUUCUCGGCCAAAACUAUUACCGCAUCGGAAAGGUUGAAUAUGACGUUAACAGCCCGGACAAUGUGCAGACUUUCAAGCUCAACACUAUAGUUGAUGUCUCGACUAUCCGGGUGGAUAAGGUUGUUUUCCGAGUGACGUCGAAUUGGGGCGCUAAGCAUACCUGUAUCUACCGGUUCAAGUUACACGGUCACAUCUAG